AUGGACUUGUCACUUCAGCAGUCACUAAGAUUUGGAACCCUCGACAACAUCUCCAAAGAUGAAGACAAGUCGACCCGACAGAGACUUGACCUAGUCCUCAUGCCUCUUCUAGGAUUUUGCUAUAUGCUUCAAUUCCUCGACAAGAUGACUCUCAGUUAUUCUUCUCUCCUUGGCCUAAUCAAGGAUACGGCAAACAAACUUGUCGGCAGCGAAUACGCCUGGUGCGCUAGUAUCUUCUAUUUCGGAUAUCUCUUCUGGUCGUUCCCAGCCUCUUAUCUUAUGGUUCGAAUUCCCAUUGGCAAAUAUCUUGCAGUAUCUGUCUUUCUUUGGGGUGCUGUAUUGAUGUGCCAUGCUGUGACCAGCAACUUCGCCGGGCUUAUGGUCACCCGAUUCUUACUCGGGGUGACAGAGGCAUCUGUUGCGCCCGGAUUUUCGCUUCUUAUGGGCAUGUUCUACAGCCGCAAAGAACAGCCUUUUCGACACGGUCUGUGGUUUGCAGGAAACUCCGUGGCGAACAUCAUUGGUGGUGUGCUCGCAUAUGCUAUCGGAACCACCGAAUCUGCCCUUGCUCCAUGGAGACUUCUCUUUAUCAUCUUUGGUGGAAUCACCGUCUUCUGGAGUGUGCUCAUGCUGCUUAUGCUUCCCGAUUCAGCAUCCAAGGCAAAGUUCUUGUCUCCUCGGCAAAAGGAAAUAGCAGUCGCCCGUGUUGCGGACAACAAUACAGGCAUCCGAAGCAAUAAUUUUAAGUGGUCGCAAGUAUUCGAGGCUCUUCGAGAUCCUCAAGCACUGCUGCUGUUUUGCUGGUCGCUCAGUGUCAACCUUCCCAAUGGCGGCCUUACUGCUUUCGGCUCUCUUGUCAUUGCCGGCUUCGGAUACAAGGGCUUGAAUGCUUUGCUACUCCAGAUGCCUGGUGGUGCCACUCAACUCGUAGCUGUCCUCUUGGCUUGCUAUCUUCCAUCUCGGUUCCAAAAUAUUCGCAUCAUCACCAUGUUUUCCCUCAACUUGAUCAGUCUCAUCGGAAUGGUGAUAGUCUAUGCAGUUCCUGCCGAACAUAAAAAUGCAAGACUCGGUGGAUACUGCCUCUGUACCGUCUUUGCUGCCAACAUGCCGCUCUCACUCUCCCUCGUUUCUUCUAAUGUUGGAGGUUUCACAAAAAAGACCACGGCUAACGCGAUGCUCUUUAUUGCCUACUGUGUGGGAAAUAUUUUAGGCCCACAGUUCUACAAAACCAAAGAGGCUCCAUCGUAUCCUACUGGCAUCAGAUCUUCCUUGACCGGCUUUGUUCUCGGUGCAUUCUUCCUCGCCGCCCUACGGGUAUACUUGCCGUGGAUAAACUCGCGCAGGGAAAGGGCUACAGCUCAAGCAUCUACUCAAGAAAUGUCGGUGACAGAUAUCAUUGAGGAGCAUAUGAGCGAUAGAACUGAUUGGCAAAGGCCGGACUUUCGAUAUGUCUAUUAG